AUGCUGCUGUUCUGGGGGUCACUGCUAUGCUGGGGGCUGCUGCCCCAGGCCCCGGGAGCCCAGCACUUAGUCUUCUUGCGCUUCAGCAAGGAUCAGCUGGAAACAGACAUUUCAGGCCUGCUCUCGAAACACCAUGUCCUGGACCGUGUGGCCAGGAUCCCUGUGAUGGGGGCCACAAGUAAAGGAGUCGCCAUCCUGGACCACCGGCCCUUCGUAAGAGAAGGCCUCUCCAAAGGGAGCAGUGGGCUUGAUCUGUCGCUGGUCGGGGACCUGCUCUCGGGGCAGAGCUUCCCGCUGCUGGGGGAGCUGCUCCAGCUGGGUGGGGUGGUCACAGAAGAUGCCAAAGGCCCCGAGGUCACCCUACAAAUCCUGAGUGACAGCCUGCUGCAGGUCACAUUGCGAAGCAAACUGUACCUCUCGCUCUAGAGGAUCCUGCGGCUCAAAGUCACCAAGAACAUCCACAUCGGGGUACGGCUGGAGCAGACGGUGAACAAGACCAGCGUGGCCUUUGAGGAGUGCCACACGCCACCAGGAUACCUGAGCACUGAGGUUCUGGAGCAGAUGGACCCCCUCCUGGUGAACAAAGCUCUGGGGUUGGUGACAGAUGUCCUGGAUGAGGCAUUGCCCUUCCUCCUACAGAAGAUAGGGUGUCCCCUGGCCACAACCCUGCUCAACUCGCUGCUGGAAGACCUAUUACACAUCACUCUGUCCCCAGCCAUCUCCGGCCCGGAAGAUUUCCAGCACUAUGUCACCAGCACAGAAUUCACAGAGGAGGCCAUCCUGAUGAAAGUCCAGGUGUGCCGCCCCUGCCCAGGCCAGAGAGCCCCAAGGCCUGACCACCUGGCCCCCAAGCCCCUCCCAAAAUUAGCCCCGGGCAGCCUGGCAGAGCUGGCCCUUUCACUGGAAACCUACAAUGACAUCCUGUCCUGCCUCUACACCAGCAAGGAGAUAAAUGUGAACCUCCAGGACCCCACGGCUGCUGACCUCGUUCAGCUAUUGUCACUGAGAGCGCUGGAGCCUGGGCCCAAGACUUCUAAUCAGGCCAGAGGGAGCAUAGGACUGACCAUCAGCGCCCCUCAUCCUCCCACUGUCCACCUUGACGGCCACACGGCCUCAGUCAUCCAGCCGGGCUCCCUGGUACUGCUGGGGCCCAGCAGCACCUCCUCCUUCUCAGUUUCCGGGAAACUCUUUUCAAAGGCUGUGUUUUCCUCGAAAAAUCAGGAAUUAAAACUCCAGUUCACUCCAAACAGGACUGAGGAACGUCUGGAAGCCUUUCUCUUAGAGCUUCUGAAGAGGUUCUUCCCCCAUCACAACAAUCUGCUCAGAGAACAAGGCCUCCUGCUGCCCAACGUCAAGGGCAGCUCCUUCGACCAGGCGCGGAUGGAGCGCUCCAAGGAUUACUUGCUACUGACUGUUCUGGAGGAAUAA